AAAAUUCAACACCACCACGCCCUUUUACCUUGUCACCUUCGCCAUCGCCGACCCUUUCAAACCCAUCCAUAUCUUCCAAUCUAUAUUAUCUCUCACUUCUCUUCAUAUUGCUACCAAAAAUUUUGAAUUCAAACUUUCAAAACACACACCACAAAACAAAACAAAACAAAAACAAAAGCGAACCAAACAUGAGUGCUCAUUUGUUCGUAACUCUGAUUUUAACCUCACUUUUCUCAAAUUCAGUGGCUCAUUUGCCUCACUUCUUCCCCAACAUGUCUUCAAUUCCACACAAUCUCAUCCCAAACUCGACCUUGGGAAUUUGGAACAGUUUUCAAAAUCUCACCGGCUGUCACGCCGGCCAAAAAAUCGACGGCUUGGCUCGAAUCAAAAACUACUUUCAAUACUUCGGCUACAUCAAUAUUUCUUCAACUAACUUCACAGAUGAUUUCGACGAUGCUCUCGAGUCGGCUAUCAAGACUUACCAGCUCAAUUUCAACCUCAACGCCACCGGAGAGCUCGACGAGCCGACCAUGAACCACAUCGUCAAACCCAGAUGCGGCGUCGCCGAUAUAAUCAACGGCUCGAGCUCAAUGAACUCUGGGAAAUCAUCGAGUAAUCUCAUCCACACCGUAUCUCACUACUCCUUCUUCCCUGGAACGCCACGUUGGCCUGACAGCAAGCGCGAUCUGAGCUACGCCUUCCAGCCGGAGAACCAGCUCUCGGAUACAGUCAAAGCUGUGUUCGCGAGAGCCUUCCUGCGUUGGUCUGAAGUCAUACCCAUGACCUUCAACGAAACGUCGUCGUUUGCCGACGCCGACAUUAAGAUCGGCUUCUUUAGCGGCGAUCACGGCGACGGCGAGCCGUUCGACGGCGUGUUGGGGACUUUGGCUCACGCGUUCUCGCCGCCGAGUGGGAGGUUUCAUUUAGACAGCGCCGAGAACUGGAUAGUCGCCGGAAACAUUGGCGAUUCCACGGCGGCCUCAGCCGUGGAUUUGGAGUCUGUGGCGGUGCAUGAGAUUGGGCAUUUACUGGGUUUGGGUCACUCGUCGAUCGAAUCGGCGAUUAUGUACCCGUCGAUAUCGUCAGCGACGAGGAAAGUUGAACUAGUGAGCGAUGAUAUACAGGGGAUUCAAUCUUUAUACGGGUCGAACCCGAAUUAUAACGGGUCGUCGACAUUGACGACUCAGCAGAGAGAGACUAGUGGUGCUGGGUCAAACUUUAUGGGUCGAUUGUGGGGUAUGAGGAUACUGUUAUUGGGUGUUGGAUUUGUGUUCAUUUUGUAAAAUUUAUUUAUUCAUUUAUUUAUUUAUUAUGUUUUGAUUUUUUUUUAAAGAUUUAUAUAUACGUAGAGAGUGGUAUACUGAUACA